AUGAACUCAAACUAAAUUACUAAAUAGCGCUUACAUAUAGACAUCUCAAAUAUUUAGAAAAAUAAUUAUAUUCAGCAAUCAAACAAUCACUUUAAUCUCUCAUUAGAUAUCGGACAUCCAGAUACCUCAGGAGUCCCAAAAACUUACAUCAAGCAUUAUUAAUAGGGACUCAAUAGAAGCUACAUAGAAGGAGAAAGUUAUUGUAAUUAGAAUGAUAGCAGUUUAAUUAUAGGAAGAAAGAUAGAAAAUUAAAACAGUCUUAUAAUCAGCGGUAGUAGUACAACCUAGAAUUAAAAUAUAAGAAAAUUCCCUAUUCCUGUAGAUUUAAUGAAAACAAAGAAAAAAAACAGAAGUAAUAGUCGUGGUCGCGCUAGUAAGUUAAGUAAUUAAGAUGAUAGCGUUUUUUUGGAUAUUCCAGAUAUUGAACUUAUAUAAGCUGAACAAAAUUACAUAACUCAACCUAAUAGUUUCAACAAAGAAAACUAAAGAUAAUUAUAUUAUCAAACCAACAUGAGAGCAAACAAUAUUUCUUUAAAUGAGUAUGAUGAUGGCGAAGAGAUAAUACAAAUGAAUAGUAUACUUACUUAGUAAAAAGCUAAUAGUAAAUCUUCAAACAACCAAACAGCAGCUUCUAAAUCAAUGAAAGCUAUUAGCAGUGGUACUAUGAAUGUCCAAAAUAGAUCUUUAUCACCUUAGUCUAAUAAUACUAAUAAUUCUAAUCAUGUUUAAGCUCAAGGGUCUAACGAUAAUUCAACUGCUUUCUUUGGAUAAGUUAAGAAAGUUAAAAAAGUAGGAGGAGUGUUAAAAGUAGUUAAAAAAUCAAAAACUCCUAAAAAGAAAAAAUAAAACAAAGAUUCUGGGAACAAGAAUGCACACUCCAAGAAAGAUUAGAAAUAAGAAAAAGGAUAGGAUAGCUCAUUUCUUUUUUAAAACAAAGCAAUAUAGAAUGCAUCGUAUGCAAUACAUAAUGAGCAAGGGUUUCAAGAUUAAAUCGAAAUGAACAACAACUUCCUUGAAGAAUUUAAUAGUGAAAAGGAGUUCUCAGAUCGAUUUGAAAAUAAUAGCAAUGCAGCCAUUGAUUACCACAGCAAUGUAUAAGGAGAAGAUAUGUUAGGAGGAUUAGCAUAGAAUUAGUAGCAUUAGGAAUAUGUAAGAAUGAUGUAAAACAUAACUAAUUAAGAAGAUAUAAUUAACAAUAAAAAUUCAGGAAGAUAAACUACUUUUUCAUUUAGAGUAAAAGGUAGAAAUUCCUAAACUCCAUCUAGUAGAUAAAAGAAAAAGAAAAGAUCAAGUUCAAGAAAUAAUGAAUAAAAUAAAAGUUAAUAGUUUCAAUAAUCCAGGAGUAAAUCAAGAUCUAGAAGUCGCUAAAGAGCUGUAAGUAGCCAAGGAAAUCAUAAAAUUAAAGAAAGGAGCAACAGUUCAAGAAAAUUUGAAAACCAUAUUCAAAAUCAGAAAGAGCUAAAAAAAAUUAAAGUUGGAAAUGAUUUUUUAAAUUUGAGAUGUGCAAGCUAAAAUGCUAAUAAACCAAAAAACAGUCCUCAAAACAAAAAUUAUUUGAUAAAUGAUGAAAAAUGCAAGGAAGUUUAAUAGAUGAUUUUAAAUAAUAUUAAGCAGAAAUAAAAAGAAGAAUUUCUAAAAAGAAAAAAUGAAGAAGAAGAAAAUCAAAAAAAGGCUUUGAAAAAAAAAGAAAAUUAGCAAAAAAAUUCAGAAAUAAGAUAAAUGAAUGCAUAAAAGAUUACUGUAGUAAAAAGAAGUAGUGAUUAAAGUUUUGCUUGGGGAGUUGACCAGUAAAAAUUUAAAUAAAAAAAAGAUAGAAGCAGGGAAAGAUCUAUUAAAGAUAUAUCCCCUUCAAAAAGCAGGACAGAAAAGGAAAGGAGAGAAGAAAUGGGCCUCUAAUUUUUAAAUAAUUUUUCCUAAGAAGAAAUAGAUAAAUUAAUUUUAAAACAUAAAAUAUGGUACGACUAAUUGAUGCUGUAAAACAAAGAAAAUAAAAAGGAGUUAAGUUAAGAAGAAUAAUAAAAAAUCCAUUUUUAUAUGCAGCUUUAAAAAAAAUAAAAAUAGAAACAAUCUGAAGAAAACCUUGAAAAAUAAAGAAAAAAAAUUGUAAAAAAGAAUUUAGAAAAUUUAGAUUAACAUGUUAGAGAAUAAAGAUCAAAGUCUUCUUAAAGAUAACGCCCUAACCAAUCUAAUAAAUCUGUAAACUAAUCUGUAAUCAAUAUUCCUAAAAGUAAUUUGAACAAGGAUAACUCUUUUGCUGCUAAGGAUGUUGAUAAUAAUUUUAAUUCAUUUUAACAUGACAACAAUCUAAAUGAUGAAAGUGGUUUUGAAGAUUAUAAAUUUGAGAUUAUCUAGAAUAAUUACAAGUAAUGGUAAAAAGAAGUAGAAAAUUAACCUUUAACAGAAAAAAGUUUUACUUUUGACUUUACAACAAACUCAAACAAUAGAAGUUAAUAAUAAAAUUAUGAUAGCAAAAAGUCUUUUAGUAAUUAAAAUAGCUAUAAUAAUACAAAUAUUUUUGUAAAUCCAAAUAAUGUUGUAAUAAAUAAUGCUUCUUAAAGUACAAAAAGCAAUGUUAUCAUCAAUCCCAUGUCUAAUCCUGAUAAAAAUUCAGUUAAAACUGCAAAUAAUAGUAAGGGACAUUCGAGAAACAACAGCAAUCUUAAUAAUUCAGUAUUAGCUCCAUAAAAGAGGUCACAAUCUCGUGGGAGUGGUGUUACUGCUUCAAAUAAAGUUAAAGAAAAUUAUGAAAACCCUAUAUCCUAAAACGAUUAAAAAAAUACUAUUUGUUAACUUGAAGAAAAGCUGAGAUAGCUUAAACUAAAAUCCCAAAUAAUAUCUAAGAAUGUUAAAAAACAAAUAGAUGAAAAGAGAUAGGGUAAGCAACUACCAGCUCAUAAUUAGAGUUUUUCUUUUGUAAAUGAAUAAAAAGAACAUAAAAAUAAAAUGGAUAAAUUUACUGAUCACAGUAUUUCGUUUAAUUUGGGCAGUAAUUCCUAAAAUAAUAAUUCAGUUAAUUAUUCGAGCAAAUAUAAUAGCAAUACAAAUAAUAGGCCUGCAUCGUCUCAAAUACAAUAGAGAUAUAGCGAAUCGAAUCACAUACCUAUCCCAAGAGCUAAGGACUCAUCUAAAAAUAAUAUUCCUCAACGUCAUAGCGACAUUGUUGGAGGUACUGGAUAAGGAAGCAGCAGUAGAUAAUCAAAUCAUAUUGUUUCAGUUCCUUCUCCAGGCUUAAACUUAUCUCGUCCUUAGUCUAAAUUAAGUGAUAAAAAACAAAAAAAUAAAAAAUCUCAAUCAAAAGACAAUAAUAAUCAAAACACAAACAAUUAGAGUGGUAAAAAGAACAAAAAGAUAAAUAAUUAAAAUAAUAAUCAAAAUUUUUAAAAAGAAUAAAAAUUACAAAAUCAUCAUCAAUAACAAGAUCCUAAUUUAAUUUUUUUGAAUAAUAAUUUUAAUUCUGAAUUAAUUCAAUAUUUAUAGCAGUUAUUAACAGAUGAGUAAAUAGCAAGUUUAACUCAAGAGGAGUUGCUUAUGAUUUAACAAGAAUUUUUAUAAAAAUUUUAAAACUUGGAAGCAAGCAAUCCUGUCUAUUAGGAAGAAGAAGAAGAAUAUUACGAAGAUGAAGAAAAUCAGUAAGAAAACUAAUAGCCUUAUUAUUAGAUGUAGUAAAAUAAUCCUGUACCUAAUGAUUAUUAUAAUUUGAAUACAAGUUAAAAUCAUGUAAGAUAAUUAUAUGAAAAUUAUUGUGAAGAAGAUAAUAUUGUUCCUGAAGAAGAUGAUUAAGAGGACUUCAUUGGUCAUUAAAUGUAGGCAUAUUAGAUUUACGGAAUGCCUCAACCUUAAGUAUAUGAUUAGGAGUAAGAAAAUUAUGAUUAAAACGAAUAAGAAGACUUUGAAAUCGAAGACAGAUGUAAUGCUCAUGAGCAUUUGCAAGAAGAUAAUGAAUAGGUUGACAAGGCUGAAGAAGUUGCUAAUAACAAUGUUGAUGAACCAUUCGAAAUUGAAGAGUUAGAUACAAGUAAUUUUUCUGAAAAAGGAUAACUCCAAUCUACUAUUAAUAAUGAAGAUAAGAAAAGUUAAUAAAGCAGCUAGCGCUCAGAAUAAGAGUUAAAUAUUAUGGAGAUGAGAAGGAUAGAAAAAGAAUACCAAGAAAAUAUUUAAAAAUAACCAAAUUAAGAGAAAUCAACAACUUUCAAGAAUAAAAUUAACCUAAGCAGUAGCUUAAACUAUAAAAAAUAAAAUCCACCUCAAAUGUAAAAUAAAAAAGAAAUUCCAGAAGAGAUUAUCACCAGUGCUAAAAAAUAAGCUGCUAGAGUUAUUAUUAGACGCUUAAAAGAAUUAAAGACUCGCAGAGUUGUAACUCGUGCUUUCAAAAGAUAUCUUAUACUUGAGGAUUAAUUGUAAAAGGAAUAUCAAAAUCAUUAUGACCAUGCUCAUGACUCUGAUUAACUGAACGAAGGAAUGUAAAUUUAUACAGAAAGAAACGAAUCAGCUUCUAAUACUAAUAGAAAUCCUAAUGAUGAAAGAUUAAUUAUGCUCAAUUUAUAAACAAGCAGUAAGCAUUAACCUUAAGAAUAAAUGAAAACUCCAAAAAGUGUUAAUAACUAAACAUACAACAAUACAGAAAAUAUAACUAAUAUGAAAGAAAUUACUUCAACUUUAGCUAACAAAAAAAUUUAUUAGGAUGUUGAUGAUGAAGAAGAUAAAAAUUUUAAUAAGGAGCUUCUUGGAAAUUCUAAUGGAAUCUAUUCAAAAGCAAACAGAGCGAUUGAUGACUAUAGCCUUGACCAAGAUGAAGAAGAAGAAAUUAUAAAUAAAUCGUCUAUGGCUAAUAGUAUCAAUAAAAAUAAUCAAAAUAUAAUUUAAGACUCAUCUAACAAAGAAUUGUAAAUAGAAGAAAUCCCAUUUAGUAAAUAUGGUUUUAUAAAAUCAAGCAAAGAAAGUAAUUCCACUCAAAAUAAAUAGAAAGAAAGUAAUGAUACCAAAAUAGGAAGAAAUCCUUAAUAACAAACUUCAAAUAAAUCUAAUUCCAAUCCAUAGAUUACUUAUAAUCAAACAGAAAAGCUUUAAUAAUACAAUUAUAAUGAAGACGAAGAAGAAAUUGAAAUUUAAGACGAAUUUGAGUUUGAUUAAUUAUUACAAGAUCUUCAUAAGCAAGCUAUGAAGAAUAGUUAAAAUAACGUUUAGGGCAAAUAAAAUAUAGCUUAAUAGCCAUAAAAUUCUAAAUUAGGAUCAAAAUUUGAAUAAAUAGAGAAAAUAAUAAUUACAAAUUAAACUGAAGAAGAUAAUAUCAAUGAAUAAAAUAAUAGAACAAAAAAGAUUAGUAAUUAAAAUAUAUAUUAAGGAAAUAAUCAGGAUUAAACAGAUGAUUAAGAAAGUCAAAAAAAAUAAAUCAAUGAUGAGGAAGAAGAGGAAUUUUCUCAUCUUAACAAAAAUAAAUAUCAAAGUGAUAUAAAGGGUGGUAUUUAGUAAAGGGAUUAUGAAGAGCUAGAUUAGGAAUAGUAGAUGAUUUAUAGACAAUUAUAAAGAGAUUCAAUGAAAAGUAGAAUUUAAAACUAUCAACAAUAAGAUUUUAGUGAAGAAGAUUAAAUUAAUAUUUAAGAUUAUGAAGACGAUUUUGAUUAAAGUGGAUAAAAUUCCUUCUAAAGCUCUCAUAGAUAAUAAAAUUAAAAUUCAUAAGGCUUUUAAGAUUAAAAUUUGUAAUAAAAUUCAUCAAAAAAUAAAUCUUCAGCACAUUAAAAUAUGAUGAUAAAUAAUUACUUAGAUUAAUCCCUAUCAGAUAAUAAAGCUGAAAUAUCAAAACAAAGUAGCAAAUAAUUAUCUAAGCCUAAUAGUAGUGAAGAAUUAAUUGAAUUAUUAGCUAAAUAGUAGCUUAAAAAACCUUAACAAAGCACUGAUAGUCAAGCUUAGUCAAAUAAAUAAGGAUAAUAAGAAGCCUAAAUAACAAAAAACAUAAAAAAAAAGCCUUAACUUAAUCUUUCUAUCAAAAGUAAUGAUUAAAAUUUUGAAGUUGAAUAAGAAAUAGAAUAAAUUAAUACUAAAAACAACAACUCAAAGCAUAGCUAAAAAUCAGAAAAAUAAAAAGUAGAUGAUACUUUAAUUAACGAGCUAGGCAUUAAUGAAGAGUGGAGUAACUAACACAAGAAAACUAGUUAGAAGAAUUUAUAUGAAACUGAUAUGUAAGUUCUAGGAGGAAGCUCUAACGAAAUAUUUGAGAAUUAAACUAUUCAAAAUAGCAAUUAUCAACGCCAAAAUUUCUUGAUGACAUCAGGAGCUUUAGAUACUUAAAAAUUAAAUAACUUAAUAGCAGGAGGAUAGCAAAGAUAUUAAAUGAGCUCAGAAGAUAAAAAGUAUCUUAAUUAAGAUGAUUUAGAUGAAAAUUAGGGAGGAGGAGUAAAUGAUUUAGUUGGAUUGAAUGAUCCGUAGUAGAAUAAUACUUUAUUAUUUAAGGAAAUUAAUGAGCAUCAAAGAAGUCUUGUAACUGUUAAAGAAUUUGAUAAAAGCGAUUUCUUAGAUAUGACUAAAGGCAUGACUUCGAAUAUUUAGAGCAGUAGUGCUAAUAAUAAAAAGAGAAGAGAUAAAAGCAGCACUGAAUUUUUAAGAGAAAAAUUGAAUGAUGAACUUAAUAGGAUUGAUGCUAUUCCUGAAAUCAGUAAUACCUUUAUGAGCGAAAAUUCAGAGCAUUAAAGCAAUUACUCUAGCGUUUAACAUUCUAGAUAGCCUUCUAGCUAAAAUAAUAAAAAUAGCUUUAACUAAAAUUAAUCUUCAUACUAAGAAAAUUCAUAAAAAAAGAGUCACAACACAUCAGUAAAUAGUAUGUCUAAAAGCAUGAUGCAGCAAUAUGAAAAUGAAAUAACUAAAAUAAAAGAAGAAGAAGCUCAAAAAUGGAAUUAAAUGAUAGCCCUACUAAAUGACCUUCAAAACUAAGGAAGUAUUCCUAAAGAAGCAGCAGAACAAAUGAAAUUGUUAAGUGAAAUAAAUAGGAAAUACUUAGAAUAUAAUUAACAGCUUAAGGAAAAUAGCUUAUACUAAGAAUAAGAAUCCUUAGCUGACAGUAGUAUUUAGCAAUAAUCUAAUAAGAAACCUAUUUAAAAAUAACAAUAAUUUUCAAAUUAAAUUUCUUCAGUAGAUGAAGCAGAUGAAAAAUUUGUUUCAAUAGAUAGUAACAGCUCCUAAAAGUUUAAUGGUAAAAAUUAAGAAAACCAACAAAAUUUUAAAUAAAAGAAAGACUCUCCUUUUAAAUUUGACUUACCUCAACCUUAUGAAAAAUAAGUAAUUGGUAAUGAAAAGGGUUAGUUUGGUAGAAAUAGUGAAGAUUAAAAUAAAAUAAAUGUAUAAUCUGGUGAAAAAAGUUAAAAAUAAUAAAGAAAAAAAGACUUGAAAAUUGAUGUUGAUAAAAUCACAGAAAGCUAUUUCAGAAAUGAAACUGUUCAAUAGGAAUAAGAAGAAGGAAAAUCUAAAGAAUUAGGUGAAAAUAAUACAAUUAAACAAUAGGAUACCAACAAUUCUAACUAGUUAACUACUAACAGUAAUCUAAACAACCUUUCAAGAAACAAUAAUAACAUUUCAGAGGAUAAAAUGAGAUUUGAAGAUGACUUUUUAAACAACAAUAAUAUUAACAGUGGUAGUAAUGCUACUAAUACUUAAAAGAAUUUAACAAGUGGAAGUGAAUAAACAAAAUAGCUAAAAUAAUAAUCACAAAAUACUAUGCAAUCUAAGUAAAAAGCUAUGAAUGAUAAAUAAUAGUCUGGCUAAAGAAUGAAUUUUUAUGAUGAAUAAGAAAAUAGUGAAAAAUAAAACAUAGGAGGAGAUGAAUAAUCUAUCAGUUCAUGCACAAGUCCUAGUGUUUCUUAUUCCAUGGUCUAAAAACACCUUAUGAGAGUUCAUACACAUUCUACAGAUGGUGAAGAAUCUGUCCGUGGAUCUAGUGAACAUUAAAUAAAAUCUAUUUUUGAGUAAAACUCGUUUGGCGAGUAAUUUGAUGAUCGUAAAUUAAAAGAACUUCUGUAAAUGGAUAAGAUAGACCAUAUUUUUGAUGUGGCUCAAUAAGCUCUAAAUGUAAGAAGAGAAGCAAAAAAUAAAAAGCUUUAAAACAUGUUUGACAAAUAAAGAAUAUCUCCAAAAUCAUUCUAUCGUAAACAGUAAGAAUUGGAAAAAUGGGUGAGCAAAGAAUAGCAAUAAAUAGAAAAAACAAAACUAAGUAUGCAAAAGACCAUCCUUAGCACUGAAGAAACUAUUAAAAAGACCUAACGUGACAUUGAAUUUUCAAAGCAAAUGAAGAAAAAAGCUGUUUUAUCAUCUAAUUCGUAUAAAAAUUUAUUACCUAAUUCAGAUUUUGAUAUAUAUCGUGUUUCUUUAAGCGAAGAAGAAGACCAUAUGAAUUCUUCAGCUUCUUCAUCCCAUAGAUAUUAUCUCCACCAUCAUCAUCCUCACCCUUAAUAAAUCCCAGCAUCUGCUUAGUAAUAGCAAAACAAAGAUAUUUAAAAACAUCAUAAAAAGAAACAAUAACAUGAAAUUUUAUUAGCCGCUUGUACUCCAGAUUCUGAAUCUUCAUGCAAUAUUAAAGUCAUAGAUGACUUUGAUUGCAGCUCAUCAUAUGACUAAACGAAUCAGCAAAUAUUUGCAGACUUAAAAAAAAUAAAUAAGUCUAAUUUAAAAAAUACACCAAAUAAUAAUUAACUCACUCACACUGGAGCUGCUUAAAGCUUAGCAAAUAGCAGUGGUAGCAGUCGUAAUAAUUUAAGCAAUCCUAACAUAAACUCUAAUAACAAUAACAACAACAAUAUAUCUUCUUCUCAAUCUUUAAGAAAAUUAUCAAAAGAUAAGUCUUAACAUCAACUUUAAAAUUUAGAUGAAGCCUCUAAUCAAGCCAGCUAGAAGUCUUUUAACAGUAAAAACGUUAAAGAUGUAGAAGCUCGUCCUCUUACAGAUGAGGAAAAGAAGAAUCUUUAAUUUGAAAAGAAAAGAGGUGGGUAAAGCAGUCUUAGCUCUAAGAGAAAUCCUAAUAGCUCUCCAGAGGGAUUUUAAGAGGAUGACUUUGAAAGUCUACACUCCUCAUCAGUAUAAUAGAGUUCUUAAAACUCUUUGCGCUCUAAUCUAAUAAAAUAUAAUUAAGAAAAUAACAAUAGAGAUCCACAAAUUGGAAUGAAUAACAUUUAAAUUAAUAUAAAAAACACUGAUUCUAAUUCUAAAGUUAGAUAUAACUCUUAGGAUAGUUAAGAUCUAAAAUAUAUUGAUGAAUCUAGUAAGAACUUUUUAAAUGGUGCCAAUAAUAAUAGCGAUCUUAUUUAGCAAAGAAAAGGAAGCUUAAACCGUUCUGGUUCUCAUUAACCUUCAUAAUAAACAUCAUCAAUAGAAACGAUUGAAGAUCACGAUCUACCACCCUUUAAUAAAGCUGAUAAUUAUAAUUAGUAGAUUAACAACACCCCAAAUUAACUAUCAGCAGCUAGUGUCAAUAUUUAAAGUAGACCAAGUUCUGAUAAGAAAAAAUUGUUACAAUCUAAUGAAAAAGGUAGCAUUGAUUAAAGAUCUGUCGAAAAAACAAAUAGCAAAUAAAGCGAAGACCAUGAAGUUGACAUUUCAGGAGAUGAAGAUUUAAAUUAAUCUAUUGAGUGGGAAGAUGAUUUGCCAUAACCUAAAAGAGUUGGAGUUAUGCUUUAAAAAAAUAAUUAAAAAGAAGGUGAAAACUAGAAUGAUAACAACUUUGAUUUACAAAAUGAUUUUCUUGGUGAUCACAAAAGUGGUAAUUUCUAUCAAAAAUAAAUCAAGUAAUACUCAGUAUAAUAAAAUUCUUCAAUUGUCUCUGUAUAAAGUGUCAGCAAUAAUAAUAGUGCACUAAGUGCUGCUCCAAAUAAUAUUUAUAAUCCUAAUAACAAUUAGAGCUCGUUAUCUGCUGCACCUUAUGCAACUGGCUCAUAGAAUUUCCUUAAACUUUCAAAUGCAAAAAGUGAUAGAUCAGAUUUAAUUUAUUCUACAAGUAAAGAUAUCGAUAAUGUAAGCGAGAUUUAUCUUACAGCAGAAAAAGACAAUCAUCACUUGUAAGAAAUCAAAGAAUUAUCUGAUGAUAUGGUUCAAGCUCAUAAUAAUAACAACCAAUCAUCUGAUUUGAACAUUCAUGAAAUGGAACUAUUAGAUGAUUCAGCAAGCUAGCUGUAUUAAAACAAUUAUCAAAAUCUUAAACCACUAGAUUCUGACUCUACAAACUAAGUAAAUAACCCAAAUAUAUCAGGAGGAGAUUUCAUAGUACCAGAUGCAUAAAAAGGAAUUAAUGGCGGGUUUAUUAAGUUAUCAAAUUUAAUUAACUAAUAUAAUCCAGGUGAAUGCCUAUCAAAUGCUCCACUUUAAAAGGUUAGUCCAACUCAAAGUGAAACUGAAUCUAAUGAAAACAUACCAGUAGUUCAAACUUAAAGCUAAUGCUUGAAAAUAGAAGACCAAAUGCAUGAAAACGAACCUAAAUAGUAAGGUGUAAAUAAUAAGUCUCACUAUUUAAAUAAAUUUGAAAUUGAUCAAGAAGAAAAUCAAAUAGAGGAGUUCGAUGAUGAUGAGAGUGACCAUUUUAAUUAAAAGGAAAAUAGAAUUAAUUCAAAGAGCGCUUCUCUAAAUCAUGCUUAAUAAAAACAUUUGCAAGAUGAAUCUUUAAAUGAAUAACAAAAUCAAUAUAUCUAGUAAUAAAAAAUUAAACAAUCAAGCAUUUAAAAAGAAGAUUAAAAGGCACCAGAAAAAGAAGCUGAAAAUGUUGUUAGUAUCAUUUUGAAUGAUCUCUUAAAAGAAGCAUUUGAUGAAGUAUAAACAAUACAAUCAAAGAGAGUUAGCUAAUAAUAAGGCUAAUAGAAAGCAGAUGGAGAAAAUAAAAAUAACUAACCAUAAACUUAAAUGAAUUAAAGAAUAAUCUAAAGAUAAGGGUUUAAAACUAAUUUAAAUACUGUCAAAGAAUAUAUACACACCGUUAGUACUCAUAUUUCAAAUGAUAAUGAUUACAAGACAAAAUUCUUAACCCACAUAAAUACUUGGCUAGGUCCAUAGCCUGAAGAAUUAUUGAAGCUACUUCAUAUGUAUGAUGGAUAAGAAGAUUAAUUAGACACUUCAGAUGAAUCUUCAUAUUCAACUUAACCUAUUUUAGAUGGUAAAUUGUACACUGAUAUCGAAAGAAAAAGAAAUAUUUAGCCAAGCUAAGAUAAGAUAAGAGAUAAUUUGAUUUAAACCUUGGAGCGUAUACAUAAUAAAGCAAUUUUCGAAGCUUUUAAUGAAGCUUUAGAUUAUUAAAGAAUGUAUGGGUUGAGAGGUAAGCCUUUCCCAUGGAAAAUAACACAUGAAAAAAUAUCUGAAAAACCCCAUUCAUAAUAAGAUAUUCCUAAAAUUCUUCAAAAGGCUUCUGAAAAAGUAAUUGAGUGGUCUUCAUGUCUAUGUGGUAUAAUAGUAGAUAAGGAAGACUCACAAUUUUAACCAGGAAUUCAUUUUGAUGAAGAUUACCUUCAAUAAAUUAAAGAAGAUAGACUAAAUCGUAUGCUAUCAGCAGAGGUUAUUGAAAAUGAAGAAAAAUGGAUAUUGUAUGAUGAAGAAUAAACAGAAGUAUAGGUCGAAUUAAGUCAAAUGGUAUUUGAUUUGCUAAUAUAUGAAGCUUGUAAUGAGUUUAGAAAAAUAUCUAAUAAUCAAUUAUAACUUUUCAAUGAAUAAUGUAAUACUAAUAAUUAGUUAUAAUAAAAAUGA